AGUGGUUUGUGCUAUGGCUCGGUAUAAAGGUCAGUUUUUCAGGGGGCUAAUAAUAUUGAUCCUGGUCAUUUUUGUUUCUAAACAAAAAUCUCCAGACUGCUUUAAAAGAAAUCUUAGAAAUGCUACAAUGACAAUCCCUUGCACUGUUGAAAAGCACUUUGACCCCCUGGAAAUUUUUUGACAAAUUUCACAGCGGGUUAAUCAGUUUGUCCUUAUUUGUUAGUCCGAGUCAGUCAAAGUUUUCAAAAGUGGGACACAUCUCUUGUUUUAUGUACUUUUUCUUUAGGCUUUAGUUUGUACUUUUCCACAGUGCUGUGACCACAUAUGUAUCAAUUUACCCUUUGGACAUCCACUUAAAAAAACACUGUGUAGCCAGCAGCUACAUUCCUGUUUCAUUUGUCAGUGAGACUGAUCGUGAUUGCACCAGUGAAGGCUACAGUUUCAUUGAGAAUGAUUGGCUCUCCCCUAGCCCUCUGCUGUGCAUAAGUCAGUCCUGAUUCCCAUAAUGAGCCAGCGAAAGAGAUGAUAGGCGGGUGGGAGGACACUAUUAAUCCUCAGUAAGCAUGUUGCAUGUCAACCAGCCCUGCUUGGAGAUUUACAGGCCUGUAAUGGGGGUCACUCUUCCGUCUUUUCCGGGUGGUGCAGGCCUCGACUUCUUUUGCUCUGCCCUGGUCUGGUUAACUAUUUGUGGGGGAGGCGGAGGACCCCGAGAGCCUUAAAUCUAUCUGAUGUCCAAUAUUAACCACAGCACAAACAGAACAGUGGUAAACAAAAGGAAGAGUAAACACACUCCCCAAGGCCUUUAGGACAAACAUGGACAGUUAUGUUCACAGCGCGCAGUUUAGGUACAACUUAAAUUAAAGAAGCGAGGUUUGUUUAAUCUGAAGGGGAACUUUAAGGAGGAUUUCUUUUAUUUGAAACGUGAGAUUAAUAGAAAAUGUUUCUUUCGCCCAGUCCAGCUGUUGCACUCUUGUUACACAAACCUCAACACGCAAGGAGCAAAGCCAUCAUCUUUCCCCAGCGUUUUCUGAUCUAUGACGUCCCAGUCAGGUCCAGCUGUUUGGACACACAGUCCCAUCCCUGUCCCUCCUCGGUGUCCCCCCACUUUCCCUUUUGUCUAUCCCCCUGGGAUGUGUAAUCCCUCCUCCACCACAUCAUCCACCACAGACCAAGAGGCUCAGCUGCACUGCUGCUCUCUGCUUUUUAAAAAUAGGCUGGGAUAUCAGCUAAGAGACCUGGACGCAUCCUGGGGAUUGAGGAAUGUCUCCACACUUCCCAGAUCCUUGAUAUCUGCUAGAAUUCUCUGAGUAAUUGUCUCUGUGUGUUUAUGGAUGUAUGUGUGUGUGUGUAUGAAGAUCCUGUAUUACUAGUCAAAGAGAGAGGAUUUUCUGUCCAGAUGCGAGAGUGGACCGAGCUGGAGAUGAGCUUCACGGCAGGGGGGUUUCUCAGCACCUCAGAUGGUUACUGCUCCGCUGAGCAGCUCCAGUACUACGAUAUGCUGGCUGACCCCCUGGGCUAUCCCCUGCAGGACCCUGACCUCCAGCUGCUCCCUUACAGCCAACAACAGUAUAGUCCCGCCAACCUGCCCUUCUCCCACUAUGGUUCUCCACCCUCCUCUGCCCCCUCUCCCUCCUCCUCCUCCUCUUCCUCGCAGUUCUGCAACCCGCCAUACCCUUACAGCCCUCACUGCCUGGAGGCCCCUUGCGAUCCGAGCCCCGAGCCCCACUGUGGGGGCCUCUUUACUCAGGGCCUCGGAUCUGUAGGACUGCCACUGGGGCGGAGGUCCCGCAUGGGCUCCGGUGGAAAGAGUAGAGGUCAGGAUGAGCUGUGUGUGGUGUGUGGCGAUAAAGCGUCGGGAUACCACUACAACGCUCUUACCUGCGAGGGAUGCAAAGGAUUCUUCAGACGCAGUGUCACCAAGAAAGCUGUGUAUCACUGUAAGAGUGGUGGUAGCUGUGAGAUGGAUAUGUACAUGAGGAGGAAGUGUCAAGACUGCCGUCUGAGGAAGUGCCGAGCUGUGGGAAUGCUGGCUGAAUGUCUGUUGACUGAGGUGCAGUGCCAAUCCAAACGCCUGAGGAAAGGAGGUAAAGGCAGAGGGCAAGAGGAAGAGGAGAACACGGACAGCAGGAGAGUCAGCUCUACCAGCAGGCUACCCGGACAGGCUUUGUCUGCCAGUUUAACCCGAGAACAGAAAUACAUCGUGGACAGGAUGGUGGAGGCCCAUCGGCUCUACAGAGCUCAGGACAGUAGCAAUUUUAGGGCAUUUGAGUGGCCGUGUCCAGAAGAAGUGGAAGGCCUGUCUGAUGUUGUAUCACCCCGCCUACAAAGGCUGCUGCAGUUUGCCAGGACAGUGCCAGGUUUUGACCUCCUGGAUUUCUCAGACCAGAUUUCUCUGCUAUCCGUCUCUUCACUGGACGUCAUGUUCCUGCUCUCUGCCCAGCAGUUUUCCCACAACCCAACAAGCCCCAGUCCAGCACUGCAGCUUUUCAGUAUGUCAACACACAGCUUUCUCAGAGACGUAGAAUCAAAGGAAAACAUCCACAGCAGGGCACUCAUCAGUUCAGAGAGCAGUGAGGAUCUCUUUGCACCAGUGCUCAACUUCUUCCACAGCAUGGUUGCGCUGCGGGUGACGGAGGCUGAGUACACCUUGCUUACAGCCACAGCGCUGCUCUGCUCAGACCAUGCAUCCCUGCAGGCAGCCAGCUGUGUUGAGAAAAUGCAGGAACUGAUCCUGGACCUGCUGUCCAGGUUGUGCGGGGCCCAAGCUGGAGCGGCACGAGGAGGAGCGCAGAGGUUUGGCCGCCUGCUGGGCAGACUGACGGAGCUGCGAACCCUCCGCCACAACUACCUCCUCCUGACAAGACAGCAGUCUGGACACUGACAGUGAAGAUGUGCAGGAAAUGAUGAAAAUCUUCAGUCUUUUUUAUCGUCACUUCAAUUCAAAGACUUAUUUGUACAAACACUGUAUUACAAUGGUUCUGAUUGGGUAUAAAUGGGACAGUGUAGGAGACAGUUACUCAGCUGUCUUUGUUUUCUCCACUCAGUCCUGAGUCAUUUAGGAAUUUUAGCCUCUAUAACAGGACUGAGAUGCACUUGUGGGCUGCUGCAGUUUGUUUCAUCAAAGAAACUUUUAUAGGUGUUUUUUUAUAUUCGUAUACAUUUAACAUUCACACUUUCAGUAUUUUUCACUUUGCUGAACAAUGUUAAAAUAAAGCAUAAAAGGAAAGCUGUAAUGAUAAUGCAGUUGUAAUGAACGUACACUCACUGGUCACUUUAUUAGGUACACAUUACUAGUACUAGGCUGCAACCUUCAGAACAGCCUUAAUUUCUUGUAUCAAAGAUUUAGGAAGGUGCUGGAAACAUUCCUCAGAGAUUUCUUGUCUGUAUUAACACAAUAAGCAGCAUACAUGUAGAUUUCUUAUCUAUACAUCCAUGAUGUGAAUCUUGUGUUCCACCACAUCCCAAAGGUGCUUUAUUGGACUGAGAUCUGGUGACUCUGGAGAUUGAGUAGUGACCUCACUGUCAUGUUGAGGAGAAAAGAUGGAUCCAUGCUUUCGUGGGGUUUACACCAAAUCAGAAGAGGUGCUUUUCAGGUCUUGUCUUAAUUUUGGUGAGCCUGUGUAAACUGUAGCCUCUGUUUUCUGUACUUAACUGACACGAGUGGGACCCAGUAUGGUCUUCUACUGCUGUAGCCCAUUUGCUUCAAAGCUUGGCGUGUUGUGUGUUCAGAGAUGCUCUUUUCCUUAUCAGGUCCCAGAAGUGGUUAUCUGAGUAAGUGUUGCCUUCUAAUCAGCACAAAGCAAUCUGACACUUCUUCUCUGUUGCAACAACGUCAAUUUUUACAGAAAACUAGAGGAUUUCUUUUUUUGGAGGUCCAUUCUCUGUAAACCCUAGAGAUGGUUGAACUUCAGCAGGCUGCCAUGUGAUUGGCCAAUGAGAUAGUGCCAAUAACGAGCAGUUGAACAGGUGUACAUAACAAUGGGUGCUUUAUCGAUCAGUAUUAAAUAAGAAAAACACAAAACUCUAGGUAAGUAUCCCAAAAACUUUUCUCUUUUUGUAAUAUAGAAUUUAUUUCCCCAAAUAAGGAAAUACUGGUUACAGACAAAAUAUUUGGUGAGCAGGUAAAAUAUGCAGGUAGUACAAGCUUAUGAAGGUGUAUUUGUCCAUUUGAUAAAAUUGGGCACUCUGUAAUAAAUAGAAUCCUCUGGGAGGUGGGGACAGCAAAUGUUGGUCUAAAGUAAAAUCAUGAUAAACUAAACAUGUGAUGUCAUCCAUUUAAAAAUGUUGGCUGCAUGGUUUUAAAUCCUCACUCCAUUAAAUAAGAUUUUUGUCAACUUUAA